AUGGCCACCAAGCGUCACGGAGCGGCAGCGCCGGCGGCCGCGAAGCGCGGGAGGCGCGAGGCGCGCGCGGAGCUUUGCGCGGCCCUCGGGGACGCGGCGCUGCGGGAGCGCGCGGGGGCGGCCUGGGCCCGCGGGGAGCGGCUCCGGCACGAUGCGGUGGUGCUGGAGCCCGCCCCGUUCCGGCACGGUGUCAUUCCCGGUUUUCUGGCGGGCUCGGCUUUCGCGGAGGCGCUGCGGGAUGAACUGCUGGGUCUCGACUUUCGCGGGCGGCGCAACGACCUCCUCUCGCUGUGGCAGUCCGAGGAGCUGGGGGCAAGCCCGGAGCCCCACGUCGCUGCCCUGAGGCAUGCUCUGUGUGAGGAAUUCCAAGUGUGGCUUUCUGCUGUGACCCAGAUAGAGCUGGAGCCAACUAUUGACAUAUCCUGUGCUAAAUAUGAAUAUACUGAUGUGUUGCUGUGCCACGAUGAUGAACUGGAAGGUCGGAGAAUCGCCUUCAUCCUGUACCUUGUCCCACCCUGGGAGAAAAGUGAUGGGGGAACGCUGGAUCUGUACAGCACAGAUGAACACUUUCAGCCACAGCAAAUCACCAAGUCAUUAGUGCCUUCAUGGAACACCCUGGUUUUCUUUGAAGUGUCUCCAGUCUCUUUCCACCAGGUGUCAGAAGUUCUGUCACAGAAGUGCCGCCUGUCCGUGAGCGGUUGGUUCCACGGCCCGUCUGUGGCCAGGCCUGCACGACACAUUGAAGCCCCCUUGGCCAGGAGCCCACACAUCCCCUAUGAUCAUGAAAUAUUGUAUGAGUGGAUCAAUGAAGUUUAUUUGGACCUGGACUCCCAAGCUCAAAUCCAGGAGGAAUUUGAGGAGCGAUCAGAAAUUCUCCUCAAAGACUUUCUUAAGAAAGAGAAAUACCAACUACUAUGUGAAGCAUUGGAGAACAAAGAGAUCCAGUGGAGUAGUCGGGGGCCAGCCAAUAAAAGACUCUAUGAGGCAGCAGAGGAAGACAGCCUCCCGGACACCCUGAAGAAAUUCCUGCAGCUGCUGCGCUCUGAGGCCUUAUUUUUACUGCUUUCCAAUUUCACUGGCCUAAAACUGCACUUCCUGGCUCCCUCUGAUGAGGAUGAAGAUGCUGGGGAGGGACAAGCAGCAGACACCAGUGGGCACAGCAGUCCCAAACCUGAGCAGGAAGAGACUGAACAACCAGCUAAUGGCAAUUCCCAUCAGCCACACCAGCCUGAGAGCACCCCUGAAGCACAGGACGGCGAGAUGCAGAGCAGCUCGGGCACCCCUGUGUGUGCGGGGGAGCUGCGACGCUGGACCCACGGGCACUACACUCUGGUCCACGACUCUCAAGCCACAGAAUUUGCUCUUGACCUCCUCUUCUUCUGUGGCUGUGAAGACUGGGAUCCUGAAUAUGGUGGCUUUACUUCCUACAUUGCUAAAGGUGAAGAUGAAGAGCUGUUGACAGUGAAUCCAGAGGACAACUGCUUGGCCUUAGUUUAUAGAGACAAAGAAACAAUGAAGUUUGUGAAAUACAUCAACCAUCGAAGCUUGGCACGCCUGAACAAGCAUCCAAACAAAACAGGAUUUUGGGACUUUUCCUUUGUCUAUUAUGAGUGAUGGAGUGGUGUGACCACUGUCACAGAGAACAGUGGUGGUGGGCAGGUUCCCACACAGACGUUCAGCUCUGACCUAAGCACAGACAAACUUUGCUCAUGCAACUCCAUCACACUGCAUAAUGUGGGGGCAGGUGGUUUUUUUAACUGCAAAAAGGGGAAUUCAGUCUUCUCCUGAGUCCAUUGUAACACACUCUCAACUGCUUUUAAUGCUCUGUGGGUGAGGUUGUCACACAGCUGUCACCUUUCCAGCUGUUCUCUCGUGGGAGCAGCACAGUGGCAUCUCUGACCCACCAGGGUGAGAACUACAACUGUCCAUUGCCCCAAGCUGCUGACUGAUUUUAUUAAAAAAAAAAAAAAAAGGGAAAUGGGUCAGUUAAAUGUUUCAUACACUGGUCAAGCAAGUUUUGUUAGAAAAUGCCCAAGACAUUUUCUGGGGCUUAACUGUGUUCCUGAGACAAAAAUAAAGGAGCCGCCAUGUGAAAUA